AUGGACAUUCUGGCAUCUACAAGUUCCAUAUGGAAUCUCUGUGUUAUAAGCCUUGACCGAUAUAUGGCUGGUCAAGAUCCAAUAGGAUACCGCGACAAAGUUUCAAAACGACGAAUUCUGAUGGCAAUUUGCUGCGUGUGGAUGGUUUCCGCUUGUCUGUCUUUUCCCGCUAUUCUCUGGUGGCGCAAUACCUCUCCGCACCUUUAUAGAUACAAGAAUAAGUGCCUAUUCACUGACAGCGCUAUGUAUGUCGGCUUCUCCUCACUGGUUUCAUUUUACAUUCCUCUUUGCUUGAUCCUAUUCGCAUACGGCAAAGUUUUCAUUAUUGCCACGCGACAUUCCCGUGGUAUGCGAAUGGGCAUGAAAAAGAUAACCCCAGCAAAAUUGACGAAAAUUCGAUAUGUACCUUAUCAGCCUAGAGCAUCUUACGCUUUGCACACAAAUCUUUCCUGUUUUAUGAAUAUUGUUGAGAAGCAUUCUCCAGCAUUAGAGGCAAAAAGACGUUUUGCUAGAGGACUGAUUAAUUUGGGCACUUGA